CACAGAGUAAAGGGGCAAUAGCGCUGGGCUUUGGACUGUCAGCCAAGCAAGAGGGGGGUCAUUCAGUGACUCCCUAUCUGCAGCAGUAGGACAAGGGGCAAGUAACCAGUGACAUCAUGGAGAUGAAUAGCACUACUGCUGUUAUGUCUUCCACGACAGAGGAGAAUGGAUCCUUUCCCACAAUUAGUCAAACGUUGGGACUAUCAACACUUCCAAGCCUUCUCAAUAUGUACAGUUUGGACGUGGACAGUGGACCUGAAGUUAGGACUUCUGAGAACUCUUCUAAAGUCGGCGACCAAUUAUUUCUAACAACAGCCUCUGCUAAAGGCAUUUCUGGAGUGUUCGUCUGGACAGCCCUUCUGCUAACCUGCCACCAGAUCUACCUUCACCUACGAUUUUACACGAUCCCUAACGAACAGCGUUAUAUUAUCCGGAUAUUGUUAAUUGUUCCGAUAUACUCGUUCGACUCGUGGCUCAGUCUGCUGUUCAUUGGCAACGAUCAGUUUUAUGUAUACUUUGACUCAAUCAGAGACUGCUAUGAAGCCUUCGUCAUAUACAGCUUUCUCAGCCUCUGCUUUGAGUAUCUCGGUGGAGAAAGUGCCAUAAUGUCCGAGAUUCGAGGGAAACCCGUAAGGUCCAGUUGCUAUUACGGAACCUGCUGCCUGCAAGGAAUGUCCUACUCAAUUGGGUUCCUACGGUUUUGCAAACAGGCGACCCUGCAGUUCUGUAUUGUAAAACCCAUCAUGGCUGUUGUAACAAUCAUCCUACAGGCAUUUGGGAAAUACAGCGAUGGAGACUUUAAUGUUCAGAGUGGCUACCUGUACAUUACAAUCAUCUACAAUUUUUCUGUUAGUCUGGCGCUUUACGCACUAUUCCUCUUCUACUUUGCUACAAAAGACCUCCUGCGUCCCUUCGAACCGGUCCUCAAGUUUCUUACCAUCAAAGCGGUCAUAUUCCUUUCAUUUUGGCAAGGAAUGCUUUUGGCUAUUUUGGAAAGAUGCGGUGUCAUCCCUGAGGUCCAGAUUAUCAACAACAACACGGUCGGAGCGGGCACAGUGGCCGCAGGAUGGCAAAACUUUAUUAUCUGCAUCGAGAUGCUGUUUGCAGCCAUUGCUCUGCGCUAUGCCUUCACGUGCCAGGUUUACAGGGAAAAAAAGGAAAACUCUACAGCGGCCAACAUCGCUCCGAUGCAGAGUAUCUCCAGUGGCCUGAAAGAGACCAUUAGCCCUCAUGAUAUCGUUCAAGAUGCUAUUCACAACUUCUCACCUACUUACCAGCAGUACACCCAACAGUCCAUGCACGACUCGGGGCAGAAAAAACAGGAGACGAACGGUCACUCGGCUUCCGUCUCUUCCGCCGCCCCCUCCGGCAAGAAAAGGAAGCAGAACGAAAAGAUGAUGCUUAUUGUUUCGGACGAUGAACUCUAGAGUUCCGAGAGGGAUCGCCGGAAUGCGGACUGCGCAAAACAAAUAGACGAUAGUUUACUGUUUACUAAAGAUUCCGAAUGGGACACUGAAUACGGAAAACAAUUAUUCUUCCC